AUGUUCGCGCUCUAUGUUUUCUGGCUUUCGCUUGCUUUUGUCUGCUCAGUAGCUGGGCAGGAUGGCUACGCCUCAUUGAAUGGAGGUACAACUGGUGGCGCUGGUGGUACAACUACAACCGUGUCUGCUGCUGCAGCUUUCGAGACCGCUAUCAAGUCGGAUGCGCGAAAGACAGUGUUUUUGAAGGGCCCAAUCACACUAUCGUCUCAUUUGAGAGUUGGAAACAAUACGUCUAUCCUAGGUGUUGGAACCUCGGGCGUUAUCAACGGGGGAGGUAUCGAAAUCAACGCGAAGUCCAAUGUCAUAGUCCGCAACUUGGUCUUCGUCAAGGUCGAAGGAAACGAUGGGAUUACAAUCCAGAAAGGGGCUCAUAAUAUUUGGGUUGAUCAUAACGAAUUCUUCAGUGAUCUGGACCAUGGCUUCGACUUCUACGACGGUCAAGUUGAUAUAACUCAUGCAUCCGACUACGUUACGGUAUCGUAUAAUUAUUUCCAUGACCACUACAAGUCAUCCCUGGUGGGAGGCGACCCCAACGGCGGCAAGGAAGACACCGGGAAAUACCACCUCACAUACCACCACAAUCACUGGAAGAACGUUCAUACCCGGACUCCAGGUGUGGUUCAUCUUUCCGAUCCCGUUUCAUUUCCGAAACACCCCGUUAAUGAAAAGUUCCAAAUAGCCAUGCGUUUCGGACACGUACAUGUGUACAACAACUUCAUGGAGAAUGUCGUAUCUCAAGGCAUACACUCUCGGAGUUUCAAUCAGGUAUUGAUUGAAGGAAAUGUGUUUGUCAACUCUACAGAACCCGUGUCAACCUAUGGCUUUGUGAUUCCAGACGACUCUCCAGAGAACCCUGCAGGGGAUUUUGAGCCUGAUGGAUUUGCUAAUUUCGGUGCGGCCAACGACUUCGGAGGUGGAAAGAACAAUGUCACGGCUACUGGAAACUUUACUUCAGUGCCGUACAACUAUUCUCUGACCCCGCUGGCCAAUGUGCAAACGUUGGUAUUGGCUAAUGCUGGAGUCGGAAAGAUCUGA